CUUGAACGCACCAUUCCCGAGUUAACCUGCGCCGGCCGGGCUGCGUCAACGAGCGCACCGCCACCAGCGAGCGUCGUUUGUCAGCUUCAAAUUCCCGGGGGGAGGCGGCCCGACGCCCGGCUUCUGUCCGCACACAGGUCCGCGUGAAGGAUGAACCACAGCAGCAGCCGCCAUGGCCCGCAGCAGCGCUCCCGCUAACGCCGAAACCCUGGAGGGCUUCCACGAGGUCAACCUGGCCUCGCCCACCACGCCCGAUCUGCUGCAGGCGGAGCAGCGGCCGGGCGCCCGCCACAGCGAGCCGCCCACGUCCCUGUACCGCACGCACUCGCUGGGGGCGCCGCCCGCCGGCUUGCGCGCCGACCAGCUGCCCACGCGGCCCGUCUACUCCAUGCCCACGCACGCUCGCAACGGCAGCGCGCAGGGCCCGGAGACGGACGGCGUCGAGAGCAAGUUCCUGUCGGGCGACGAUGGCGGCGACGAGUGCGGCGGCCUCAGCGACAGUUUCUCGCGACUGCGCGGCCCCUCGGUCACGGAGGUGCGAGAGAAAGGAUACGAGCGGCUCAAGGACGAGCUGGCCAAAGCGCAGAGGGAGCUGCUGUUGAAGGAUGAGGAAUGUGAGAGGUUGUCAAAAGUGCGAGAUCAGCUGGGCCAGGAGCUGGAGGAGCUGACGGCCAGCCUCUUCCAGGAGGCCCACAAGAUGGUGAGGGAGGCCAACGUCAAGCAGGCCAAUGCCGAGAAACAGAUGAAAGAAGCCCUGGGCAAGAUUGAUGUGCUGCAGGCGGAGGUGCAGGCCCUGAAGACGCUGGUGCUGUCGUCACCCACGUCUCCCGUGGGCGAGCUCCCCAACGUGGGCGGUGGCGGCGGGGGGAAGGCGGCCUUCCGGAAGGGCCACAGCAGGAACAAGAGCACCUCCUCGGCCAUUCUGGGAACGCAGGCCGACCCGUCGGCCACGCAGCCCAUCGUGCGGGAGUGUCGAGAGGCGGAUGCGCAGCUCUUCAGCGAGUUCAAGGCCUGGAAGGGGGAGCCCACGCUGGACCGCCGCUGCUGCUUCCUGGAACGAGUUUACCGCGAGGACAUCUACCCCUGCCUCAACUUCAGCAAGAGCGAGCUGGGUUCGGCCAUCUUGGAGUCAGUGGAGCAGAACACACUCAGCGUGGAGCCGGUGGGCUUCCAGCCGCUGCCCGUCGUCAAAGCCUCGGCGGUCGAGUGCGGCGGACCAAAGAAGUGCGCCCUGAGCGGACAGACCAAAACCUGCAAGCACAGAAUCAAGUUUGGGGACUCGCCCAACUAUUACUUUGUAUCCCCGUACUGCCGAUACCGAAUCACAGCGGUGUGUAAUUUCUUCACCUACAUCCGUUACAUCCACCAGGGGCUCGUCAAGCAGCAGGACGAACAGAUGUUCUGGGAGGUGAUGCAGCUACGCCGGGAGAUGUCCUUGGCCAAGCUGGGCUACUUCAAAGACAACCUGUGACUGACCCAGCCAGCGCAGCCAGGUAGAGCGAGCGAGCCAGCGACUGACUGUCUGACUGACUGUCCUCCAGAUGCCCCAAGCUCCCGCUCUGGAUCAACCCGGUGAUCAGCGUACGUUCCUCACCACACUCGGCAGUGUUACCGUGACAACCCUUUGGCUCACUUCUCAUUCCGUUUAAAACAAGAAAGUUGAGCUUACUUGACCAAGUUUUGGAUGGAAAGGUGUCAUAAUCAAGCAGAAAAAGACAGCGACAAAUGGCUCUCCUUGACGCCAUGCCAAGGCAAUUAGACUUUCUUCCCCUAACCCACUCAAGCGGCGCUGUGUUUAAAUGUUGCAAGAAGUCAUAAAAGGUCGUCUGCUCUCUUGCAUUAGUCUGGGUUAUGCAAGCAUACCGCAGUAUCUUUAACUUUCCUGUGAAGAACUUUAAAUUUGGAAAUUAUUUUUAAUAAUGUCUUAUUAUUAUAGACAUAAUAUAUAUAUACACCUCUAAUUUAUUCAAUUUAUGAAAUCUGUUUACUCUAGAAUGAAAAUACCUUCAAUUUUGUACACUUGUGGUCUUUUUCCAAGUUGGAAACGGCAUCCGCAUGACUAUGACCCCAAUUCAAAGGCGCUCGCUCUCGGGGCGUUGGAAUUGAUCUUUCCGUUGUCAUUUUGCAAAAAGUCUUUCUUUGUCAUGUAUUUAUAAAGCUAAGGAAAGCAAACACUAAGCCGACAAACACACUGAAGGACGUGUGCAGCAUUUUUUCUUUGUUGACCUUGGUUUUUUUGCACGAGUGCGUGCGUGCGUGACUCUGUAAACUUUCUCAAGUGAGCAUGACUUUGUCUCUUUUUCUCUGUCAUUUCAAGUCACCAUCGCUCACCACUUUGCUUUAGUGCCUUUUCUCUCACGAUGAAAUAAACAAAUGAAGACAAAACAAA